AAGCGAAAAACCUCAAAAAUUUUUCAAGAAAAAUCUAGGCAUCACAACAACUUCACGGAUUUCCCCAGGGACAUGAGAUCGCGUCGAAGGACGAACCGCUAAAAUUUGGCGCGAGAGCACCCCCGCUUCCCUCCCCAGGGCCCCCGCACGUCUUAAUUUUCCCGCGCGUCACCGCCUUUUCUUUUUCCACUCCCCAUCUCUAGGAUUAGGGCUAGGGUUUCGAUCCGCCCAUAGUGAACCGGCAAGAGAUGUACGGCAGCCAGUUCGAUGGCGGAGCCUCCCUCUUCUCCGGCGGCGGCUUCAUGCCUUCGCAGGCCACCCAAACACCCGAUUCUACCUUCUCCAAGAGUCGCGGCGCUCAGGGUGUUCUUCCGCUCACCGUGAAGCAGAUCAGCGAAGCCUAUCACUCCAACGACGACAAGUCCAAUUUCGUCGUUGACGGGGUCGACGCCUCCAAUGUGAGGCUACGGGGACUCGUGAUGAAUAAGGUAGAGAAGGUUACUGAUGUCACCUUCACACUAGAUGAUGGCACGGGUCGGAUUGAGGUCCACAGAUGGGUGAAUGAGACUACGGAUACAAAUGAAAUGGCUCUUGUUCAGAAUGGAAUGUAUGUCACUAUUAAUGGUAGCUUGAAAGGGUUCCAAGGCAAAAAGCAUGUCGUAGCCUUCUCUGUUCGACCGGUGAUUGACUUCAAUGAAAUCACACUACACUUCAUUGAGUGCAUUCAUGUUCACUUGGAGAACACCAGACCAAAGGUACUGGGUAGUGUCCCUCCUCAAGCCCAGGCCAAUCCACUUUCAGGAACAGUAACUCCUACACGGGCACCUGUCUCAAAACAAUUUUCAACAUGUUCAAGCUCAAGUGGAUCUGACACGGAUGUCUACAAAUUGGUCUUGGAUGUUUUCCAGGAACCAGCAAACCUUGCUCGCGAACAUGGAUUACAUGUGGAUGAAGUUGCCCGACGGCUGGGCUUACCAAUGGAAAAGAUCAAGGAUGCUAUUGAUUACCAUGUUGAUGUUGGCCAUAUUUAUUCGACAAUUGAUGACAACCACUACAAGUCUGCAUGCAAUGGCUAAUGUGCACCCGAUCCAUGUAUGCGUUCUUUCAAACAAAAUUCACUGUGACAAUCCUGUUGCCUAGUGUAAGUUUACGACUAUUGCUGUUGUUUCAGAAAGAACCCAUCUCUCAAGAAUGCAGGAACUGUGUAUAGACCUUGUUGAAGGGAGGAGACAAGUCUGCCAAGGAUGUAAUCGUUUAGUUCCUUGAGAUAGAUUAAUUUUCGAUAAAGCAAACUAACUUAUUGAUGCUGUAUACCCUUGUGGUUUCCGUUUAUAUGAUUCAGUAUCCCAUGAUCUUGGUAUGCCUUAUAUAAUUGUUGUUGUU